AUGACAACAGCCACAAACAACCCCAGUCAUGGAUCCCCUCUCAAUGAAGAAUCCACAACCGCAAGAGCCAAUCAACCGCGACCAUCUCCCUCCAAUUUUGGAUCCCGACGGACCACCGGUAACAACCCCCACCGCUGGUUUUGGUUCGAUGGCCGGUCGACGGGAAAGGCUUUUGAAGUUGUCUUGCGACCAGAAGCGAGGCAGGAGGGUCGUGAAGGCUCCCCAGGCGACGAGGAUGGGCCCGCCACACAGUCCGAGUGCUCCUCAGCCGGUGAGGGUGGAUUCGUCGCCCAGCUCGGGGGCCGCGUCGGACGGGACCCCAGAGGUUGA